AUGAAUUAAAAAGAAAGGCAUCCCAAAGACGAAGAUGAUGACUUCACUCUUAAUACUUCCAGUGCUGAACCAUUAGAAUUGGAUGAUCAAUACACAAAGCCAAAGUCGAUAUGUUGGGGAAGAUGUCAUCCAAUGAUGUUUAGGAAAGGCAAUCCUGCUGUUGUUAUUGGACCACAUUGUACUUGAUAAUCUAAGCUAGGGCCCUUGUUUAUUUGUGCAUUUCUUUUAUUCUUCUUUAUUGGAUGUCUCUUUAUUUUCCUUAGGGCCAAUGAUGAUCCAUUAAUAUUUUAUACUACUCUUCUUGUUGGUAUUAAUCAAUGUGUCAGUUACUUAAUUGUAUCAUUAAUCAAUCCUGGAAUUGCAAAUGUAGAGAGAAUCGAUAUUGAAAAGAAUCAAUAAAACAAUCAAAAAACUUGGUAACUUGUAUUUUUAUUAUGAAAAGGUAUUGUAAAGUGUGCAAAUUGAUCCAAGUCAAAGAAACGCAGCAUUGUUUAGAUUGUGAUAUUUGUAUUUAAGAAUAUGAUCAUCAUUGUCCUUGGACUGGCAAAUGCAUUGGCAAAGGCAACAUUAAAUAGUUUUAUUAUUUUAUCUUAAGUACUAUUGUAUUUACGAUUUUUAACCUUGUUUUAAUUAUACUAAAAUUUAAAGAAUAAGAAGCUAAAGCAAAAAAAUAAUGA